CUGCAGUUGCCGUAGCCCCAGACGGUACACAGGAAGUAGAAUUCAAUAGUCGGGUGAAAAAACACUAGGGACGCAGUAGGGGCAAGCCCACUCCCGCGGUUACGUACGCUUUCCGGGAGUCUGCAGUGUGAAUAUUUUGGGGCCUCCCUCGCCAGUUCCUUCUCCAGUAGAGGUAUUUCGCCCUUAGCCAGCUCUCAUCUCUUUAUUCAGAGUGUCCCCGGACCUAUGGCCGAAUACUCGUAUGUGAAGUCCACCAAACUCGUGCUCAAGGGAACCAAGGCUAAGAGUAAGAAAAAAAAGAGCAAAGAGAAGAAGAGAAAAAGAGAAGAAGAUGAAGAAACUCAACUUGAUAUUGUUGGAAUCUGGUGGACAGUAACAAACUUUGGUGAAAUAUCAGGAACCAUAGCAAUUGAAAUGGAUAAAGGAACCUACAUACAUGCACUUGACAAUGGACUUUUUACACUGGGAGCUCCACAUAAAGAAGGUCUGUGUCUAGUAGAAGCAAUGGAAGGGAAAAGCCCAUUUAAAGUAUAUAGAAUUGCCCUGAAAUCUGGUUAUGGAAAAUACCUUGGUAUUAAUUCAGAUGGACUUGUUGUGGGGCGUUCAGAUGCAAUCGGACCAAGAGAACAAUGGGAACCAGUCUUUCAAGAUGGAAAAAUGGCUUUAUUGGCUUCAAAUAGCUGCUUUAUUAGAUGCAAUGAAGCAGGUGAUAUAGAAGCAAAAAGUAAAACAGCAGGAGAAGAAGAAAUGAUAAAGAUUAGAUCCUGUGCUGAAAGAGAAACUAAGAAAAAAGAUGAUAUUCCAGAAGAAGACAAAGGAAAUGUUAAACAGUGUGAAAUCAAUUACGUAAAGAAAUUUCAGAGCUUCCAAGACCAUAAACUUAAAAUAAGUAAAGAAGACAGUAAAAUUCUCAAAAAGGCCCGGAAAGAUGGAUUUUUGCACGAAACACUUCUGGACAGGAGAGCCAAAUUGAAAGCUGAUAGAUACUGCAAAUGACCAGAAUUGUGUUUCUUUCUUCUCCUAUUUGUUUUUUUCUGAAUAAAAUAAUCAGUGGAAGUGUUUUUACAGAGCUCUUGGGCUGUUACGGAAUUAUUGCUGAACUAGUAGCUAGUUUAAAUAAGAUUAAUCAAGUUUAACCGAGAUUCCCCAUGGGUGUACUUUUUUAGUUAACUGCAGUGUUUCACAUGGAAUUGAAACAAAGUACACAGUGAACAUGCCAUAGAAUUUUUUCUCUUUUCUAGAUUUUCUGUCAUAAAGUAUGAGAUGCUA